GAUCCAGUUCACUGCCUCCUUGGUGCCAUUUAUCCACCAUAAGACCUUGCAAACAACCUGAUCUUGGUUAUUCUGUCCAGACUGACUGGUCAAAAUACAUUUGGCAUCACAUUUGUCCUCCUUCCCUCGUGGAAAAUCCCUUCUACGCAGAGCCGGUCUCUCAUAGAAGAUAUCUCUCGUUUUGGCCCACGGGUGACCUGUUGCUGAGCCCUUGCUCACUGUCCUUUGACGUUCUCUCUUUUUUCCCGUCCUUGGAAUCUCUUUUUUUUUUUUCAUAAUGCUAUCCUUCAUUCUGUGUACGUCCCUGGUUGGACUUGUUUCUGCUGAAGAGCUAGAAAAGCGUGGUGGUGGCGGCGACACAUCGAUGUAUGAGAUGCUCAAUGAUGAUCUCGCCCGGCUGAGCUUGCUGGUGCUGGGUCUGAUGGCGGCUGUUGUGUAUGUGUGGAAGAUGUGGCAUCGACUCUCGAGUCAUCUGCGAAGACUGGCCAGCUUCAACAAUGAGCGACAACUAUACUUCGUGACGCCGGACUCGAUGCUAUCGAAGAUCAAAACUCACAUCACCUAUGCGCCCUUGUUCCGCGCCCGACACAAUCGCGAAUUCCAAUUGUCCCGGGCCGUCAACAUGGGUACAUUGCCGAGUCGACUUCACUCGUUUCUGCUGGUUGGGAUCGUCGCCAUGAACGUCGUCCUCUGUGUGGUCACCGUGCCAUAUGGCACCACCGAGAGCACUGCCGCAGGCAUCAUCCGUAACCGCACCGGAACAAUGGCCACUGUGAAUAUGAUCCCAUUGAUCCUCAUGGCCGGUCGAAACAACCCGUUGGUUACGCUGUUGCAGAUUCCAUUCGACACCUUCAAUCUGCUUCACCGCUGGCAGGGCCGUAUCGUGGUACUGGAAGUCAUCGCUCACAUCGUGGCUUGGAUGGUCCCCAAGGUUCAGACAUCGGGCUGGGCCAAGAUUGGAGCAAGUCUUGGGGCAAGCAACUUCCUUCUUGUUGGCCUGAUUUCGGGAUGUGCUUUCGUAGCUCUCCUGUUGCAUUCGCCUUCGCCCAUACGACACGCCUUCUACGAGACGUUCCUCCAUCUUCACAUUGUGCUCGCCGUGCUUGCGAUCGCCUUCCUCUGGGUCCACCUCAAUGGUAUGGUUUCUCAGUACUACCUGAUGGUCGGCAUUAUUUUCUGGGCUCUGGAGCGUGCUGCGCGGCUUGCGAUUCUCGUGUACCGCAAUUGUGGCCGUGAGUCCACCACGGCCCUUGUCGAAACCAUGCCUGGCGAUGCGAUGCGGAUCACCAUCAAGAUGGCCCGACCCUGGACCUUCAAGCCCGGCCAGCACAUCUACUUGUACGUCCCUGCUGUGGGAUGGUGGACUUGCCAUCCGUUUUCGGUUGGAUGGAGCGAAGAGGCCGAGUCUCUGUCGGACGAGAAAGGAAUUCCCAUGAACCGACAAGAUAUGAUGGGCUUGCAAAAGACCACUAUCUCCUUGCUCGUACGUAGGCGAACCGGCUUUACCGACAAGCUGUUUCAGCGGGCGCAGAACUCGCCUGGUGGGCGGGUGUCGCUGCGGGCACUAGCGGAAGGACCGUAUGGCAGCAUCCACUCGAUGGAUUCUUACGGCACUGUGCUCCUCUUCGCCGGUGGUGUUGGUAUCACCCACCAGGUGCCGUUUGUGCGCCAUCUCGUUCAGGGGUAUGCCGAGGGUACCGUGGCAGCGCGCCGUGUGACCCUGGUCUGGAUCAUCCAAUCCCCUGAACACCUCGAGUGGAUUCGUCCCUGGAUGACUAGCAUUCUGUCCAUGGAUCGUCGCCGGGAAGUGCUCCGCAUCAUGUUGUUCAUCACCCGGCCGCGCAACACCAAGGAGAUCCAGAGUCCCAGUGCGACCGUUCAGAUGUUCCCCGGCCGACCGAACAUCGAUACCCUGGUUGGCAUGGAGGUCGAGAACCAGAUCGGAGCGAUGGGCGUGCUCGUCUGCGGCAACGGUGGUCUGAGCGAUGAUGUGCGACGGGUAUGCCGCACUCGACAAGAUCGCACGCAGGUCGAUUUCAUUGAGGAGAGCUUCACCUGGUGAGCUCCGUCUGAGGGGUACGACUCUCUUAUAUAAAAGGCAUUCAACAUUUUGGCCCCCAAGCCUACCAACUCUCGGUGACUACGGAUGCCCGCAUCUGAUUUGUCACGGGCCUCUUGGUACGAAUAUUGACAUUUCCGCUUUACGAGCCUGUGUUGUCCCCCGCCUUUCCCUUCUUUCUUUCUGCCGGCGACC